UGGUGGUGGAUGGAGGCGUUGGGGAUGUCUUGUGCUGCUUGUCCUUCCUUAUGUUACGAAAUGCUGGUUCGCCCCGAAGCGAAGACGAGCUUUAAACAUGCAAGCAUUUGACGACGCCCAUCGUACUUUUAUUUUCUUUUUGUCUUUUUCUUUUUUACCUUGAUUCCCUUGAUGGCCGUUGUCGUUGUAGUAUGAAUACUUCUCUUCUUCAGGUGAGAGCACUUGUUAGGAUUCGGUGAAGAAUGACCGCUAGGAGAGAGAUUAGACAUAUACUACCGUUGAAAGGUUAUCUCCAGAGCAGAGCGUCAUCUGCCUUUGGCCGAUGGAGUCGCCAAUCGUCAACCACAGUGAUACUCUACGCCCUGCCGCUAGUCUUGUUGAUAGUCUUAACGCGUGAUAAUGGAGGGCAGAGAUCUACCGACCUGGUAGCCCAGAAGGUGGCAGAAAUCUACGAAAACGACCACGUCAUCAUCGCUGGAGUUGGCAAUCGAUCUCAAUACGAGUACUGGGAUCGGCCGGAUCGUCACGUCGAUCUAGCCUUGAUCCGCGGCGACGAAGAGAAGGGCAUUCCGGCUCUCAAGACGAUCCUCUUCUGGAACGGCCUGUUUUACUAUCCAGACUACGCCUUUGGCAGAGGACGGCAACCUUUCAUCGAUGCCAAAUGCCCCGUCACCACAUGCCUGGCCACCGACGAUCCUUACUUACUGGACUCGGUGGACCAGUACGACGCCGUCAUGUUUCACUGGCCGUCACUUUGUGACUAUCCAUAUGUUGCAUCCCGUUCCGAACAUCAGCUUUUCGUCAUGGUCUCGGACGAGUCACCUCAGUGGCGUUUUUCGGGGUACAAGCUGCCAUUCUACAAAGAUUUUUUCAAUCUGACCAUGACGUAUCGGAGAGACUCGGACAUUGAAUGGCCGUACGGACAGGUGGAGGUUUUGCCUUCAGCUCCCGUCAGCGAAGAGGAACUGUUGAUUGCCCGUCGCAACGUUACCCGUAACUACGCGGCCGGAAAGAGCAAAUUGGCCGUUUGGUUUGUCUCCCACUGCAAAACUGACUCUCGGCGAGAAUUCUACGUUCACGUUCUAAAGCAGCACAGUCGCAUCGACAUUUUCGGCAAGUGCGGGAAACCGUUUUGUUCAUUCGAUCAACUGAACGAUUGCUACCAGCGGAUCGAGAUCGAUUACAAGUUCUACCUCUCUUUCGAAAAUUCUCUCUGCCGCGAUUACAUAACCGAAAAAUUCUUCAAUCUGCUCGAUCGAAAUAUCGUCCCCAUCGUCUACGGAGCGGGCAACUAUGAAGCCAUUGCGCCGCCACACUCUUAUAUCGACGCCCUUAAAUACACGCCAGUUCAAUUGGCGAAAUACCUCGACAUUCUCGACAAAAACGACACCCUCUACAACGAGUACUUUUGGUGGAAACCUUUCUACAAAUCGCAUUACGACUACAAAGAGAUGGCCAACAUUGCGUUUUGUCAGCUUUGCCAGCAGCUCAAUCAACCCCGGACACAUGUUCAAUGGUAUCACGACAUUGACGCGUGGUAUGACGGCGGAAAUCAUUGCCACAAACCUAAUCGCUUCAAAGUCCCCAUCAAACAAUUCGACUUUGAUAAUUACACCAUACCCGCUGAUGCAGUUGUUAAAAUUCCGUUGUAGGAAUUAAUAAUUUCACGAUGGAUUUCUUUUUAUCUCCCAUCUGGCCGCUCAUUUCGUGAGUCAGUUGUACUCAAAGGUUUUCUUCGAAGAACAAAAGACAAUAUGUUCCAGAUCAGAAGAGAAUCCGCAAUGAAAACCACAUGUUCCGUGCGCGACUUAUUAUUUUUUUUUCUCCUGGCCUUUUCUUGUUUUUUAUGAUUUUGUCUGUGUGAAAAAUGUCGUUGUAAAAUAUUUACAAUUAUAAAAUGAUUUUUCUAUACACGUGCGAUCGCUGUUGUG